AAGAUAAGCAAUUGUUGCAUUUUAAACGGGCAGAUUAUUGCUGACCGACAAGUUUUUUUCGGUAGGCCGUGAUUCUCGUUGCGCACUUCUUCUUAUUUUCUGCAUGUGUCCAGGCGUCCGCUGUUUCCCUACGGAAAACGGAUUUUAUCCAUUUGGGACAGGAAUCUGCUGAUCGUGAAAAUGGCCUGGACACCUUUCCAGUUAGGCAUCGCGUUCCUGAUGCUGAUCACAGGCAGCAUCAAUACGCUGAUUGCUAAAUGGACGGAUAUGCUGAAAGCUGAAGGAAGAGACCAUGGAGAGCCGCGAGAAUUCAACCAUCCCUUUUUGCAGGCAUGCGCUAUGUUUUUGGGAGAAUUCCUAUGCAUAGUGGCAUAUGGCGUGAUACACCUGAUCAACCGGGCCAGACGCCAGUCCGGAGGUGAAUUAGAAGCAGCGGAACGACCGCUGGGCGAAGGACAGGAGCAUUUCACGUGGCGAAAGGCCUUCGUUUUCCUUCCACCGGCGCUGUGUGACAUGACUGCAACUUCCAUUAUGUACGUUGGAUUGAACAUGACGUAUGCCAGCAGUUUCCAGAUGUUGCGAGGUGCCGUUAUCAUCUUCACGGCACUCCUGUCAGUCGCGUUUCUGCGAAAUCGACUAUCUGCGUCGAAAUGGUUGGGAAUGUUUGUGGUCCUGGCAGGCCUGGCGCUCGUUGGAGUUUCCGAUAUUGUCUUCGGCAAGAAAACUGAUGCUCACGGAACGAACCAAAUUAUAACUGGAGAUCUGUUGAUUAUCAUGGCACAGAUUGUUGCAGCAUGUCAGAUGGUUUACGAAGAAAAGUACCUUUCGAAAUACGAUGUCCCAGCCUUGGUUGCUGUGGGCUGCGAAGGUCUUUUCGGAUUUGUCGUCCUUUCUCUUUUGCUUAUACCUAUGUCGUAUAUUCCCGCCGGCAGCUUUAGCGAUACACCCUUCCAUACCAUAGAAGAUCCUAUUGACGCAUUCGUUCAGAUGAGCAACAACAAAUUCAUCGUUCUCGGUUUAGUGGGAACGAUUUUUUCCAUCGCGUUCUUUAACUAUGCCGGCAUCAGUGUCACGAAAGAGAUUAAUGCUACAACUCGCAUGGUCCUCGACAGUUUACGAACGCUCAUUAUCUGGGCCGUCAGUCUGGGACUGAAAUGGCAGGAUUUCCAGUAUUUGCAGGUCGUCGGCUUCGUUCUUCUCAUUAUUGGCAUGACCGUAUACAACCAGAUCGUUACGACGGAAACGUUCAAAAAAAUCAAAAUAAAAAUUUUGCGACGCAGUAAUGGAGACGAAGAAGUUCUCGUAACGGAAGAAGAAGUUGACAGACGGUAGCGGAUAUUUGACCAACGAUGAUUUUAGCUUCCUAUCGAUUUUGGUAUUUGCCAGCUUUCAAUGUGAUUUUUUUAAUUAUGCUACCAUUACAGCAGCAAGAGUAGUAGUUCCCGUCAUAUGGUAAUUUAUCUGCCAUUGGGAUCACCGUGUUCAUUUCAUAUAAUCGCAUUGCUGAUUGCUGCUUCGUAACCCGGAAUGUACCAGUAUUAUGCACUGUUUCUACCACUGUAGGCAAUAAACUGACAUCCAUGGAA